AUGGACAUCCUGUGCCAGGCAAAGUCUGGUAUGGGAAAAACUGCUGUGUUUGUGCUUGCCACACUCCAACAGAUCGAGCCAGUGGAUGGGCAGGUUUCUGUGUUGGUUAUGUGCCACACACGUGAACUGGCCUUCCAAAUCAGUAAAGAGUACGAGCGCUUCUCCAAGUACAUGUCCAACGUUAAGUGUGCCGUUUUCUUUGGCGGCUUGUCCAUUAAAAACGACGAGGACGUGUUGAAAAAGAGCUGCCCUCACAUCGUGGUGGGAACACCAGGGAGGAUCCUUGCCCUCAUUCGCAACAAGACCUUGAACCUCAAAAAUGUCAAACACUUUGUUUUGGAUGAAUGUGACAAGAUGCUGGAGCAGCUGGAUAUGAGACGGGAUGUCCAGGAUAUCUUCAGACUGACACCUCACGAGAAGCAGUGCAUGAUGUUCAGCGCCACAUUAAGCAAAGAGAUCAGACCAGUCUGUCGCAAAUUCAUGCAAGACCCAAUGGAGGUCUUUGUUGAUGAUGAGACUAAGCUUACGCUCCAUGGUCUUCAGCAAUACUAUGCCAAACUGAAAGACAGCGAAAAGAACCGCAAACUGUUUGACCUUCUUGACGUUCUUGAGUUCAACCAGGUGGUGAUAUUUGUCAAGUCAGUUCAACGCUGCGUGGCUCUGUCUCAGCUGCUGGUGGAACAGAAUUUUCCAGCCAUUGCGAUCCACAGGGGAAUGGCACAGGAAGAAAGAUUGUCUCGGUAUCAACAGUUUAAAGAUUUUCAACGGCGGAUCCUGGUGGCUACGAAUCUGUUUGGCCGUGGGAUGGAUAUUGAGCGUGUUAAUAUAGUUUUCAACUAUGACAUGCCUGAGGACUCCGACACAUACCUACACAGGGUUGCUCGCGCUGGAAGGUUUGGCACAAAAGGAUUGGCUGUCACCUUUGUAUCAGAUGAGACUGAUGCAAAGAUCCUGAAUGAUGUGCAGGACCGUUUUGAAGUCAACGUAGCGGAGUUGCCUGAGGAAAUCGACAUCUCCACCUACAUUGAGCAGUCCAGAUGA